AUGUCGGCUGACGAAAUUAUUGAAAACUCAGUGCCAAGAAACAAACAGCAGCAAAUGCAAGAAGAUGAAACAGAAGAAAAUGUAGAUGCAGAAAAUGAUGGAGGACUAUCUCAUGCGGAAGUAUUUCAAGCAGCGGAAAAAGUUUUCAAAUGGUUCUCGCUGUCUUCUGCUGGCAAGAUGUGUGACAUAUUCACAAGACAAGAUGCAAUGUCAUUGUUGCAGGGAAAGUACAUACUCAUGCUAGGGGACUCCAAUAUGAGAUCUUUGUACAAAGACUUAAUUUGGCUGUUGGAAACCAACACACUGAUUGAAUCUCAUCAACUUCGAACAAAGAUGGAAAAAAGCUUUCUUGGUGACAAACUGACAGCUGGUGAUAAGUUACAUAAAGCAAGAAAUUUCACAGAAACAAGAGUGUAUGAGAACCACAAUGUACGUGUGAAAUACAGUUUUUUAACAAAGUGCUACUCAGAAGAAGUCAAAAAUAUGCUUGGAGCCAUCAAAUCUGGAGCAUCAUAUUGUCCUGAUGUAGUAGUUGUGAAUUCUUGCUUGUGGGACAUAUCACGAUGGGGACCCAAUGGUGUUCCAGACUACAAAGACAACAUGGUGAAGCUAAUGAGACUCUUCAAGUCAUGCCUUCCAAAACAAACUUGUGUUAUAUGGAUGACAACACUGCCAAUAUCGGCAUCGUGUAGGGGUGGAUUCCUCAUAAAACAGGUUGAAUUUCUACGUCACACCAUGCGAUUUGAAGUAAUGGAAGCAAAUAUGUAUGCACGUGAUGUUGUUGCCUCAUUUGGGUUUGAUGUACUAGACGUACAUUAUUACAUGCGAAUGCAAAUACACAGGAGAUCAAGUGAUGGUGUCCACUGGCUUCCCUCAGCAAUGAGGCAUAUAACUAAUCUAUUAUUAACACAUAUUGAUUUGGCGUUUCCAGGUGCAACAGAAUUCGGGGGCAGUGAGCCUACAUUUGGUCUCAUACUUAGCAGAGCAUUUUUGUAUGAACGUUUGUGA